AUGACUUCACCAGGUGCACACAGCGAAGCUGACCCGACGACCGGCGAGGCAAAGCUCAUCGAGGGAACUGGGCAAGAAGGUGUGGUUUCUUCGUCCGAGGCUCUUACCUUGCUCGAUGCUACUAAAAUUGGCGACCAUGCGACCGUCAAACUACUGCUUGAGCAGCAGGAAGUAUAUGUCGACCCCCUUGAUGAAGAUCUUUCAAGUCCACUUAUCAUUGCAUCAAGACAAGGGUUCGCGGAGAUUGCCUUCACCCUUUUACUCCACGGUGCGAAUGCCAACAUCUCGAAUAAAGCAGAAGAAUCACCCCUACUAGAAGCGUCAUGGAAAGGGCACAGCCAAAUCGCCGCAAAGCUUCUGGAUUAUGGCGCAGCACUUGAAGACCGUGAUAAGCGUGGGGAUACCUCACUCUUGCUGGCAGCCUUUAACGGGCAUGACAAGAUAGUCUCCGAGCUGUUGAAUCGCGGCGCAAAUGUGGAAGCCUACAAUUGUCAAGGGAAUACCUCACUCCUGCUGGCAGCCUAUAACGGGUACGACAAGAUAGUCUCCGAGCUACUAAGUCAUGGUGCGAAGAUUGAAGCCUGCAAUGAAAGUGGGAACACUUCACUCCAGCUGGCAGCCUCUAGCGGGAAAGAUCAGGUCAUUGUUACACUGCUUAGCAGGGGUGCUGUGGUAGAUACUUUCAGCAAGCGAGGAGAUACCGCUUUGAUGUUGGCGUGUUGGGAAUCCCACGAGAGCAGCGUGCGGAUUCUCCUCAGCUACAAGGCUUCAGUUGCUGCUUGCUUUCUUACAGGUUGCAGCCCGUUGCAUCUUGCGGCCAAAAAGGAUGAUAUGAACAUCAUCCGGUUACUUCUUUCUCGCCAAAAGGCCGACGAAUGCAUAGAUGGGGUCGGCAGAACGCCCCUUCACGCAGCUUGUAUGGCGACUCGUUACAGCAAUGCGGAAAUCCUCUUGGACAACGGUGCAGAUGUGAACAGAAGAGACUUCCAAGGAUUCAGCCCGCUACAUCUCACAGCUUGGGAGGUUCCAGAAUCAGAAAAAACCCAAGAAGAGGGGGAUUUGAUUGAGCUCCUCUUAUCACGAGGGGCCAGAAUCAACGACGACACCUGUGGUUGGUCGCCACUUCGUCUUGCCUGCGAAAGCAAAAAUUUAACCGCCAUCGAAUGCCUCGUUUCACGUGGAGCAAACGUUCACCAAAGUGACACUUCCGGAGACAGUCCUUUUCAAAUUGCCCUGCAAGGAGAGCUUGACAUUCAGGAGUUCCACAGCUUGCUAUUUGAAGAGCCAGGUGUUCUGCGAACUGAUGAGCAGGGCUGGUCGGUUCUUCACCAAGCUUCUCAGAGCUGGAGCCUCCCAGCCGUUGAGGCAAUAUUGAGUGAAGCCAUCUCAAUCAGAGGCUUCAAGGGCCCGAGCCCGCUGGUUUUAGCGCUCCGCCGAGAAAGUCGAGAUGUUGCACUUUGUCUCUUGAGGUCAGAGAUAUACUACUCUCGGAGCUGUGUGGGGAUAUUUGUGAAUCUCACACCAGAGAACGAGUUGUCGGAAAUUGAGCAGCACUUGAACAAAUUUGCUUUAAGUGGCAUGUUGUCCAAUGAUGACUUGACAUCGAUCAUACACUGGAUGAUCGUGAACAAGAUGGAUACCCAUUUGCGGGAUGAUCAUUUGACCCCUGAGCCCUCGAAACAAUACAAAAAUGGCAUGACGGCUGCUCAUAUUGCCGCCCGACAUGGAAAUAGCAAUCUUCUUCGGAGCCUUUCAUCAACCUUUAAUCCCGGGCUGAUUGAUGAUGACCGAAACACUGUUCUCCAUGCUGCUGCUGUAUCUGGGAAUUUGGAAACUAAUAAGUUUUUGCUGGGAGCACAUGAUCCUGGGAGAAGGUCCGCGAAACACACCCCUUCCAGGACCGUCGAUCUCAUCAUGCAGCUAAAUGGGGCCGGAGAAUCACCAUUUUCCUUGGCAGUUAGAGGCCACCAUACCGCCGUCUGGGACUACUUCAGAGACGAGCUUGUGAAGUGCACUUUGCAAUUAGAUGGUUUGAAUGGUGAUCCCUUGCAAGUGAGCACCGCUUUGGAGUUAGCGUUUCGCUUUGAGAAGCCAGGGAGAUCAGAACGCCUGAUACAAUUGAUGAAGACCCAUUUCAGGAGACCAGUUCUUAUGACACCAAAUAAUAGCCCAGCUCUAGCCUCAAAGGACGAAGAAUGGGGGAUACUCCACUAUGUGGUGUUUUAUGGUCAAGCAAUCGCGCUAUGGUGGCUCCUCGCCAACGGGUGGGGUUUUGGUACGAAAGAAACAGAGAUUGCCCAACGUAUCCUGGAAGCCGACAGAAGAAUCCCAAACUCGGCCAUAAUGCUCGAGCUUCUUCAAAACCCCCCGCAGAGGGUUGAACAGACCGGCGUGAGCGAUAGCCAUCACCUGCCAGAUCUCCCCUCAAAACCACCGAACCUCUCACUUGGCGACUUCCAAACUACCAUCCUUGAUCUUUAUGUGAAGAACGAAAACGUUGAACUCCAUCUGGUAAGCGGGUCGCCUGAGAAUAUCAUCUACAACCACUCUUUGGGCCCUCAUAAACUCAUGAAAGAUUCCUUGGCUAUGAGCCAUCGUCAGAUGGCUUCACUGCGACGGGACAUCGAAAAGCCCCGCGAUGGAGCUGUUGGGGUGGGUGUAAAGUGCUUAUCACGGUCCCCAUGUCAGGGCCCAGUGGAAGUGGAUACAAAGCUCGACUUAGGUAUCUUUCAUUUGAGGUGGAUUCACCUUCCGUUUAAUCAUGUAAGUGUCCGUCCUUGGCAAUCAGGUUAUCAAAUGUGUUGA